GGUCCCGAGUUCUAGUCUCGGUCCGGCACACAGUUUUAAUCUGCCAGAAAGUUUAAUAUCUGCGCAUACUCCGCUGCAGAGUGAAAAUCUCAUUCCGGCCACCGAUGUUUUCUAUGUGUCAGUCUUGCAAUUCGACUCUAUUGAUUGUGUCGACGAGACUCCGUACUUUAAUAACGCUGCAGUACGGCCCCUCGGUUCUUUGUUUGCAUUUAUUGUAGAAGAUAGUUGUGUUUCGUGAAAUAUUACCAUUUGUAGACUGGUUCGGUCGCUAUGCCCAACUAUUGUCAGUGUCCUCCCAAGAGUCAGGGUCAAUUAGAAGCUCAGAUCGUAGGAGGGUGUUAAUAUGCUGCCUCUGGUGGCACAAUUCCCAGUGGACCACAAAUAUUCUCACCAACAUUCUUGUUAGCAUCUGUUUUACUGUAGUUUCGAGAUACACUGUGUAGGUGUAAUACAGCCUAAAGAUGUAAGACGUUUGCAACGUACAGUUAUGCAAAGCAGACUGAAAUUUCUCUGAAAUCCGCUUGUAACAUGGAAAAAUCAGUAAUUGCUGUUGAGGGCUGACGAUGAACGUUAGGGUCGGGGUUGUGGAAGGCUGGUGAGAUGGGAGCCCAGCUGUUGCAAGCACUGCUAGCAGCAGAGCAGAGCAGAGGAGAGGAGAGAGAGAGAGCAGUUGCAGGGAGUCGUGGUCGUGGUCGUGGUGUCUGUGUGGGUGGUGCUGGUGGCGGGCUUCUCUCCACCCCGCCUCACCCUGCCUGGAGGCGGCGCGUCGGCGUCGCGGCGCAGCUCGCCCCCACACGGCUGCUCCGCCGACCUCUGGCUGCUGUGGCCGCGAUCGCCGGCGGCGCGCUGCGUGGCCGCCUGUCCCGAGCAGACCCGUGCCACUACUCGUGCCUGGCGUGCGCCGGCCCGGGGGCGGGCGACUGCACGCGCUGCCACGGCGACGCCGAGCCGCGGCCGUCCGCGCAGGGGGCGGGCCGCCUCUUCUGCUGGCCUCGGGCGGCUGCCACUGCCGAUGGCCUCGCCGCCGGCCGCUCAGAGUGGUGGCUGCUGGCGGGCGCGGUGUCGAUGUCCGCGUCGGUGGUGCUGCUGCUGGCGCUGGCCGCCUGGUGGUGUGCGUCGCGACGCCGCCUGGACGCCACCGCCGACGCCGGUCGCCGGCGCGGUGUCUCCAGGGGCCGCCGGGCCACCUACGUCAAUUACCGCCGCGUCGGAGCCGACGACGACGACGACGACGACGACGACUACGUCCGCGGGAAGGACGCCGCCGUCAACCUGUCCACCUCGGAAUCCGAGUCGGAAGACACGCAGUACGACGCGGCUGGGCCGCGACCCCCAAAGAUGACCGCCAACGGCGCGCCACCAUGAGGAACACCUGCUGACUCUACGCAGUCCGGAGGCCGUCUAGAAGCGCCGAGGCGAAACGACCGCUGAGGGCCGCUGAGCUCUGCGGAGUACCGGGACCAGUGCUCUUCUCAAAUGUCUUGUACUUACCUCUCUAAGCCGCAGCAUCUGUUAAUUCCUCUGAAGGGCCCUUGCACCCGCCGUUCCCUAUGAUUUCCUGAACUUCAGUUAAUCUAGUCCAAAAUUUACGGAAGAGGACAACGAGUGCCACUCUUACGAUUUGCUGUAAUGCAUUGUAGCUUCCAACUAUCUGGCUUUCCAUGCAGGUUUCCGCCAUCGUACUGCCACUUCCGUACUUACAGAUUCUGUUACUGCUAUUGUUGCAGUGGUUCCCCUAAACCCCUCGGUCGUACAUUACCGUUCAGUAUUGAGUUCGAUACGCCCCACAGCAGAAUGACACUAUCGUAUCUCCGGUAUGCUAAUUCACUGGACGGAUUGCUGGUCUGAAUAAGCUUUCCUUCUUUGCUCUUUCUAAAGAAACACUUGGGUCAGUGACUGUUAACAGUUUUUCAAAAUAAAAAAUGUGUAGAAAUGAAGGGUUUUAAAGACUGAAACAAUGUAAUGUAUUUCCUAAGUGGGGUAGAAAAUACAGCACCCCUAAGUUACACGAAAUUUUAUGCUCUAAUCCCAUAAUUUGAUAUACUCUGACUGCAGUUUUUCCAGCGAUCCGCAUAACAGUACUUUUUGUGCGUAGUCCUUAUUAGUGAGUAGAAGUCAAAACUUUUAUAUGAGAUUCCAGAUUAAAUUAGAAUUAUUAAUCAGGCAUGCUGAAAUUCACCAUGACUAACUUAGAAUAUUGUAUUUUAAUACAUCUUAAAUGUAUUCCGUUUAUUGGGAGCGGUAUUAGGUGGGCGUUCAACAAAACUCGGGGAUACGAGGUUUGGAAAUAACAGCAACGAUUUUGCACGUUUCGAAAGUUCAAAACAACUUGCAGAAACUUUGGAAUACUCUUUCUUCAAAGAGUUUAAUUGAAAGAAAUUAUAUUUUAUUCAAAACAUUGUUAUCACCUGCUGUUCUUUAUACUCCUUACUCUGCUGCCGUAGAUACAAAUUCUGAGCAGAAAAAAAAAAUGUUGGCGUCAAAAGCAGAAUGGAACAUAUCAGUAAAUAUUAAUAUUAGUACUUUCAGGUGUCUCCUGAAGUAAUUUAUUUGUGAUUGACAAUACCAACUUUCUACUUUAAAGCAGAGAUUAUACACCUUCAUCGGCCUCUAUAAAGAUGCAGGGAGGCCUCCCGCUCUGCAGCAACGGCAAACCGACACGAUCUCAGAGACAUUGUUCCUUAUAUUCAUAGAGAAUUUUCAGUGAUAAGUACUCCGAUUCCACCCAUGUUACAAUACCGCCAAUUAUGUUGUCUUUAGCGAAUACGGAUUUCCACAUUCACGCAUGCCACAUUACUAUGCCAUUGAUAUUUUUCGCAUUUGCUAUUGUCAUCUAAAAAUCUGCUUUCAACACUCCAAAGUUUAAAGAACUUUUUAAACGUGUCUGCUCUUCUCUUCAAACCCCCUUUUUAUUUUUCCUAUAUUGAUUUUCAUCUUUUGUUUCCUUUUGUGUCCACAAACCAUACACAUUUAAUAUGAUACGUACCACUGAGAAAAAAAUUUACAAAAUAUAAAUUACUGCUUAUCGAAAUAUACAGAGAUUCCUGAUUUCGUAUAAAAAUAUUGAAUUCUAAUUUAAGUAAAAAUAAGACUAUAUAAAUAAUGGUCUAACAUUAAUAGUAUGCAACCUCUUCAAAAUAAAAGGGCCCUAUAUUGAAUAGGAAUAAAAUAUCGUUGCUCUGCAGAUUAACACAGUUAUUCACACCUUGAGACAACGUAAAUUUGCAAACGAGCUUUAAACUAUAGCUGUAAAAUGUGAUAAGUUUUUGCAAUGUAAUUAUUAUUAGUAAAUAGACAAUAUCUGCGCUUCCUCUGCAAAAGUAAUUAGUCGUGGACUUGUUACUGACUGUUUUACUGUAGUGACGUGAGUGAGAGAGAACUAAUAUGGCAAUGAAUGAUUUUCUGUCCUUCUUGAGUGCCUUAGCGUUCGCUCAAAUUUUGAGAAACCGCAACUGUCUCAGUAAUACUCCAAAUACUUUCAAAUGAAUUACAUCAGUCAAAACAGCCACGUUUUGUAUAUUUUUGGUGUACUCAUCACAUUUAUGAAUAAGCCAGUUCUCAAAUUAAGUAACAGAAAUGUACUUUAGCUAUAAGCUGAUUCAGUAUCCUGUUGCUCUGCAGAGGAUUUUUCAUAUUUAUAGGGAAGAAAGACUUUUUUAAAAAAUGACUUACUUUUUCAAAAGGUGGUGGGAAAACUUAAUUUUUGUAAAAUGUAACUUUUAUCCUAAAAUCUACGUGCUUUCAGGAAAUCCUUUAAUUCGUACCCUUGAUUUGGUAUAAAUUUAUAAAUUGUCAGGAUUGUGAGCCUGUUAUUCCUGAAACAUAGUCAGAGCGAUUUUUGUAUGAAUGUUGUCUGGUUGUGUGCAGUGUACAAAUCCAUAACUGCUGUGAAUAUUUUACCGUUCAUUUAUCAGGCAAUUUACAAAUGUCUUUCAUUUAAAGUAAUAUCGAGGCCUAGUUAUCUGCUAUAGUUUGUAUCACAAGUAGUUUAAGAAUAUUGUUUUGCCAAUAAUGAGUUAUUCGAGAAAAAAGUGCAAUGUGUGGAGAAAACAAGACUUUCGACAUUAA